AUGGCUCCCUUGUACCAAAAGACCCUCGUGCUCGGUGCUUCGUCCGGUAUUGGAGAGGCCCUUGCCGCCAAGCUCAUAGCCACAGGGACAAAGGUCAUUGUCGUCGGUAGACGGCGCGAUAAGCUUGAAGAGUUUGUCAAGAAGUAUGGAGAGGAGAAUGCAAGGGCUGUUGUGUUUGACGUCAGGGACUUGAAUGGAAUCAAAAGCUUUGCCGAAUCUAUCGUUCAGUCGGAUCCAGAUUUGGACUCUAUCGUGUUUAGUUCAGGCAUCCAACGAGGAUUUGACUUUGCGAAUCCCGAAACUCUGGAUCUAUCUGUUUUUGGCGACGAACUUACCACCAAUUACACAUCUGCCGUGCAUCUCACCGCAGCAUUCCUCCCUCAUCUCAAGAAGCAACCCCAAGGCCAUCUAAUCUACAUCAGCGCGACGCUUGGCCUAGUUCCCUCCAUGAUCCGAACACCAAACUACAAUGCAUCCAAGUCCGCCCUUCACACUUUCAUCCUAAACGUUCGAGAGCAACUCAAAGCGAGUGGAGUGUCUAAUAUCCGCAUGAUUGAAGUUUUUCCACCAGCUGUUCAGACGGAGUUGCACGAUGAGAAGCAUCAGCCUGAUUUAGUGAAUGGUGGAGAGAUUGGGAUGCCGCUUGGUGAAUUUACGGAGAAAAUGUUUGAUGGGCUUGUUAGGGGCGAUGAGCAGUUUGCUGUUGGGCCGGGGGAGAGCUUGUUUAAGGAGGAUGGAUUUGAGACGCAGAGGAUGAAGCUUUAUGAGGCGGGACGGGAGUUUAUUAAUAAGUCCCUGGCUAAAUACCUCAAGAAAUAG